GUUGUUUUCAUUUCGUGACCCGGAAGCAGUGUAAAUGCAAUUCCUUACCAACAGAGAGACAGAUGGGAGUAGAAUCUGGUAGCAUUGAGCUAACAAGACAUAAACAGUGGAUACUCGCAAUCCAACAGUACUGUGACAUCCUUCCCCGAGAUGGCUGAUGUGGAGGAGACACUGGCGAGUGGUGCUGGCGACCAUCAGGACUCGACCACAAGUGCAAAACAUUCAAGCCGCACUCUGCUGCUGGACAGUGGAGAGGACUUUGAGAUGCUGGAGAACAGCGAGGAUGACGGAGGUGACGAUGACCUUCCCCCACUAGAGGACGCCGGGGGCGGGGAAAAGAAGGGACAGGGGGCAGAGCACACUGCUCAGUCCGAAGACAGCACUCCACAGCUCUCCGCUCCGAAAGAUGAAUGGGUCGAUAUUCUCGGUAGUGGUCUCCUGCGGAAGAAAGUGCUGGAAGGGGGUGAAGGGCUAGACACCCGCCCGACGAGAGGGCAGAAUGUCCAGAUUAAGCUGAAGACCUUGCUGUUUGAUGGUACUAUCGUAGAGGAAGAUUCUGAGCUUGCGUUCACGCUUGGUGAUGGAGAUGUCAUCCAGGCUCUGGAUCUGGCGGUACAGCUGAUGGAGAUGGGAGAGAAGGCCCUAGUGGAGGCUGAUGCUAAAUAUGCCUAUGGUUCUGUGGGAAGUGCCUGCCCACCGGUGGUCCCCAACUCCAACCUCACCAUGGAGGUGCAGCUGUUGACUGCCCUCGAUGGCCCAGAUAUAGAGCUGAUGACCCCCGAGGGCCGGAUUGCCCUGGCGGGGCAGAAACGUGAGCGGGGCAACGCGCACUACCAGCGGGGGGACUACGCCUUCGCUGUUAACUCCUAUGGCAUUGCCUUACAGAUCACAGAAGCCAGCUCCAAAGUGGACAUCACAUCGGAGCAGGAGGCGGAGCUGAUGGAGGUGAAGGUGAAGUGUCUGAACAACAUGGCCGCUGCGCAGCUCAAGCUGGAGCACUAUGAGGCCGCCAAGCGCUCCUGUGUGUCCGUGCUCGUCCACGAGCCGGACAACGUCAAGGCCCUCUUCCGCUAUGGCAAAGUCCUGGCCUUAAAGGGAGAGGUUGCUGACGCUAUCCGUACGCUGAAAAGAGCACUGAAACUGGAGCCUAGUAAUAAGACCAUCCAUGCUGAGCUGUCCAAGCUAGCGAAGAAGCACUCGGAACAAAAGGGUGCAGAGCAGGCCAUGUACAAGAAGAUGCUGGGAAACCCCUCAGACGUCAGCUGUGCCACGCCGCAGCCCAAGGCCUCAUGGGGGUUCAGCUGGAAAUGGCUUUUCGGAGCAACCGCUGUUGCUAUUGGAGGUGUAGCCUUGUCAGUUGUCAUUGCUGCUAGAAAUUAGGCCGAGUGCUGGCCUGGCCAUGGACCACUGGGGCUCUCGCUAGCGGUGGCCCUCGUCAUCACAGCUCUGCUCCCGUGGAAAGCAGAUGCGCGACCAAGACGGUCCUAGUCUGCCACGAACCUAUACAGACGGACAUGUCCGAAACUGUUUUUAAGUUUUACUUUUGCUGGUGUUGUCCACUGAAAGAGCUGACCAAAAAAAAACAAUAUCAAGUAAUUCCUUAUUUAUGUCUGAGCAGUAACUGAGAUGUCAAAA